CUCUCCAGACCGACUGACUUUAAAGAGCAGGUCCAAAAAGUCGUUUAUUGAGCAAAUAAUCUAAAAUAAUCAGUAUCGUUUAAACGCCGGCGCCCUGUAGUUUAAUACGUUGCUGUUUUUGUCUGUAAUAGUGUACCGGCUGUUUUUGGCGUGGUUAUUGUAAUUCAUUGCAUCAGCAACAACGUGCUUUAGAAUGAGCACCUAAUAUUUGUAGGCGCAGACUGAAAGGUUCAUUUGUGGAAUUACUGUAUAUUUUUGCACCACAAAUUCCGUUUGGCAACCCGAAGAGAUUGGAAUUUGCAGUAUGGAUGAAGGAGAGCUGGUGGAGUAUUUCAGGACACAGAUGAGCCAGGAUCCUGAUGUGGCCUCUGCAGUUGCGGCCAUACGCUCACUUCUGGAGUUCCUGAAGAGAGAUCAGAGUGAGACCAUCCUGGGCCUGAGGGAGAACCUGACCAAAGCCAUAGGCCGGCUGCAGGAGGCCGAUUCCUCUGUGGCUGUUUCCUCUGGAGGAGAACUCUUCUUACGGUUCAUCAGCCUCACCUCACUGGAGAAUCCAGAUCUUUCACAGUGCAGGAAUGUGAUGAUCGAGAGAGGAGAACUCUUUUUGAAGAAAAUUUCUUUGUCCAGAGGCAAAGUGGCCAAACUCUGCCACACGUUUAUUAAAGAUGGGGCUAAAAUCCUCACUCACUCCUCAUCCAGAGUUGUGCUGAAAGUUCUGGAAAGCGCUGCAGCUGAUAAGAAGCGUUUCACCGUCUAUGUCACUGAGUCACAACCAGAUUCUGCUGGCAAACUCAUGGCAGACAAACUGCGAAGACUUAAUAUCCCAGUCACAGUGGUGCUUGAUGCUGCAGUUGGAUACAUCAUGGAGAAGGUGGACCUGGUAAUAGUUGGUGCUGAGGGGGUGGUAGAAAGUGGAGGCAUCAUUAAUAAGAUUGGAACCUACCAGAUGGCAGUAUGCUCCAAAGCACACAACAAGCCAUUUUACGUGGUGGCAGAGAGUUUCAAAUUUGUGCGUCUUUACCCCCUCAACCAGCAAGAUGUGCCUCACAGAUUUAAGUAUAAAGCAGACACACUGAAAACUGCAGAGGACCUCAACCAGGAGCAUCCCAUAAUUGACUACACCCCUCCCUCCCUCAUCACACUGCUGUUUACUGAUUUGGGGGUGCUUACACCUUCUGCGGUCAGCGACGAGCUCAUCAAACUGUAUUUGUAACACUCUCAGCUGCCCCUUACAGGGACACAGUCAAAUCAAGAUCCACUUGACCUUGAUGCAAAUUCAUGUGGGUCAUCUCAGUUUAACUCCAUACCAAAAGCCAUUAAAAUCUUGUUGGUUUCCAUUGGAUAAUCUGAUUUGAAUAUUCAUAUGGCGCUAGUCUGCAUGCUUCAAGUGUGUUGUUAAAAGAUGUCAUACCCCUGACUUAAUGGAAGAAGAAGAAAAAAAGAAUUUAAAAAAUAAUCCACCAUUUGACUCAUUUUUCUAAAAGAAUCAGAUUUGAGGAAACUGUCAUGUUAUAUUGUUUAAGGUAGAGUGUGGUUACUUGUCAGCUUGGUCUUUGGGAGAACUAAGAACUUCAUAUUUCCCAGUACAAAAUUUUUUUUCUUAAAGAUGAAAGCAUGUUAGUUUGGUUAUAUAUAUAAAAAAAAAAAAAACAUUCAUUUGACUUUGUCAAUUUGCUUGUAUUAACUCUCAUCCAGGAAUUGUUAACACUAACUAUUUCAUUUCCUUAAACUUGUUUCAUCCCUAAUAAUUACAAAAUUUAAUAGGUGUUAGAGAAGGAAAUUUGCUAAAACAGUUAGCACCCUUGACUUAUGUUAUUCAUGCUUGUAUAUAUGAAGACAUUCAACGUAUGACUAUUAACCCACCGUAAAUGGAAGUUGAACUGAAGUAUUCAACCUGUAUGGUCUCGAAUGGUCUUCAAAAUAUGGUUUAAAGCAACUUGGCAUCAUUUAUGGGGUAUUGAAAAAUUGGCUCUCUGUGAACCCUGAACUGUGACAGACCUCAAUUUUUUUCCCCUCGCUUGAAAUAUACAGAUCCCAGUGGAACUUCAUUUUGAACACUGGAAUAGUACUGGAAGGAGAAUCAAAUUACAGACCAAAGCAUAUUUUUCCAGUUAACGUUGGCCAAUUGUUAAACCCUUUCAUCUGAUACUGACCUUAUUCAAAAGGUCCCAAUACAGUGCCUUGUGGAACACCAUGUUGUACUCUGGAAUACUUUAUUUUCAUUACGGAGACUCAAAUUACAUACCAAAGCUCCAAGGCCCCCCCCCCUCCCCCUCCCAGAGUGCACUUAAGUCAAAACACCUGACAAUUUUUGAAUAACUUUUAACCAAAACCUGCAGCUGACUGCAGAGGCCUAUAAUACAUUUAAUUUAAUGUUAACAAUCCCCAAAAAAUCUUUAUCUAACAGAAAGAAAAUAUAAAAACUCUUUCUAUAACCUACAAUGACUAGCUGUGCUGUAAUAAACCUGGCUUGAAAUGAGGGAAAGGGGGAAAACGGGAGGAAGGGAACAGCAAAGCUUGACAAUAUUAUACACACUCCAUUGACUAGAGGUGGUCAAACAGAUACAGUUUUGUACUGUACAGUUCUGUAUUUGAUAAACCCGAUAUGCCACCUGGUUGGCACAGAAGGCAUUGUGAAGACUGACAUAUAAAAAUAAUAUAAAAGCCAACACCCAAUACCACCACCAUUUA